GAGUCUCAAAAUGGAGUCAAAGAAUCAUUUCAUUUUCAAGAACGACAAACAGAUGGUGAUAAGAAGGGAAUUUAAGCUCAACUGGACUAGGAAAUCCACUGAUGACCAUCUUGAAAAUGAAAUGAUCUUUGACUCCAACUUUGAGACUCUGUCACAUGCCCGUGCAUAUGCCAAUGCUGAGUAUGGUAACAAUUUCAAAUUGUUAUCUGGGUUGGAUUGGAAUGACAAGAAAAUUAGCCUUACCCUCGAAGUUCGCAAAACCAAGAUUUCAGGAAUACUUACCACACCAUUUGAAGGAUUUGAAACACUAGAGAUUGACCUGCAGUAUAAGCUUACUGGUAAGGACAAGUCAGUUCAAGCAACAUAUCAACGGGGAGAUAGGAAAGUCAGUCUCAAUAUGGAAAUGAGCAUGAAGGGUAAAAAAGGAGGCUCCUUUAAAGUUGAUCUCACUACACCUUUUGAAGUGGUGAAAAACCUUCAUAUUGACGGUCAGUAUGAAAAUAAAGUGGCUCAAAUUAAUUACCAGAGAAACGAUAUUCAAAUGAACUUCAAUGGAAAGGCCAACAUCAAGUCCAGUAAAGCUUCCUUUGACAUUUCAUUCACACCACCUAGUGGACAAAAUAUCAGGAUAGCUGCCUCAUAUGAUGUACAGGACUUUAUUGCUGGUACAGGAGAUGAGGAGAAGGAACUAGCUAGUCUUUCACUUGAAUUUGAAGGUAACUCAAUGGACUUCAGUCUUCACGGCUUCCGUAAUGAUGACAGACUCUAUGUCAUGAUUCAUGGCACUUCCUCCUUUGCAGUGCUCAAAAUGUUCCAUCUCAAAUUAGAUUCUGAACUGAAUACUCAGGAACGGGAUGGCACUUUUGAACUCACUUUCAAUGAUUUUAAAUUCAAUGUAAGCAAUCAUUUUGAGAGACGAGCAAAUAAUGGUUAUUACUUUAGAAGCAAGAUUGAGUCUACACUCACUCCACUCCCAGCACUGAUCAUUGGUCUUGGCCGUGAAGGUGAAGAACGCAUCAUAACCAUUGGUUAUGGAGAGGACAAAGAGAUCACUUUCUCUGUAGAAGGCAAGAACAACUUCCUUUCUGGAUUCGGCAAGGUUGAUAUUCCCUCCAUAGGUUAUGAAGGAGUGGAAUAUGAUGUGGAUUACAGCUUCCCAGGUGAUAAUCACCUCCAGAUUAAGGUUGAGAUUGACUUAAACGAGAACGGACAAGAAGUGGAGGCAACAUUCUUCCUCGAUUCAGAAGGUAUCAAGGCUCGCCUGUCAUCUGCUGUGCUUGGUGACCAUUCCCUGCGUGUCCGUCGAUCAGUGUCCCCUGAUGGCUUCUAUGCUGAAGCUGGUCUUGAUGAUUACAACCUGAAACUGCGAGGAGGCUUCAAGAACGAAGAUACUGCACGUGGUGUACAACUGGAAGGAGAAGUAUUUGGUAAGAGAUUCCUUAUUGACACCUUGUUCCAGUCUGAAGGAAAGCGCUAUUCUGAGGGUAAACUUAUCAUCCACACUCCAUUCCAUGGCAUGGAAAAGAUGGGUGGCCUAUUCACCUGGUCUAAUCAAAACAAGAAAAUCAUGGCCCAUGCUGAACUACAUCUUCCUUCCUACACAACACCAACGAUUACUGGGGAGAUUAGCCUAGACCUUAAAAAGAAGAUCAAUGGAUAUGUCACCCUUGAUGUAGCUGGAGAGGAAUUCACCCUCAAGUGCAAUCUUGCUGGUUCCUCCAUUUCUCAAGGUUAUACAGGCUCACUUGAAUUCUAUACACCAUUCCAUGCUGUAUCACAUGUUGUAUUGACCGGUGACAUUAAGAUGCAGGCAUUGUCCUUCCUUGACAUGGAAGUAAAAAUUGAUGCACCUUUUGCCACACACGACCUUAAACUGAAAUACCAGCUCAGUGCUGACAAAGUGUCUGGAGAAGCCUUCAUUCAGUCAACAAGGUUGUAUAAUACCAUUCAGCUAAGCCUUAAUCUUCAGGGCCUCAGUACUGGAAAUGUAGAGGCCGACUUGACCGUCAAUGACAACAAGAUUAACGCACAUUACACUUUGGCUCAAUCCACCUUCAAAUUUGACGUAAGAACAGUCAUUUUUGGCAAGGAACGCCAGUUCUCCAUUGAAGCUAAGUAUCCAUCUCUGGAGAACCUCCAGGGUGUAGUUGCUGUUACUCUGGAAGGUGAAAAGCACAUGGUUAGUGGAAGCCUGAACAUCGUUAACAAUCGCAUCCAAGGAGCUAUGGAUUUGGAAUCUGAUCUUAUUGAGGGGCCACGGAAACUGGUCUUCGAUGUUUUGCCAACUGCUUCCUAUAAGCAAGUCUCAUUUAAUAUCGUCUUCACUAGCAGUGACCCUCACUCCUUCUACCUGGAUUUGGAUCUAAGAACUGGGCUUCAAGCUACUGUAAAGAUUGAUACACCCGUCUUCCCGAAAGUUACCACUACCCUGCAAGUAGCCCCUGCUGUUGCUGGAAUCACCAUUGAGACCCCCAAAGGAACACACAAGGUUCAGCUUAGCUGGCGCCAGACUCGUAGAAUGCCGUCUGACUGGAUUGCUUCCCUCGAGCUGAUCUCUCCAUUACUGCCUGAGAACUACCUCUUCAGUGUUAACCUUGGAAGUAAACACAUCAAGGCUGAGCUGCAAACAGGAAGCAUAAAGCACGCUCUUGAGGCAAGGACCUCAGUGUCUAACUAUGGAGGUGAAUUGUCUCUCAUGAUUGACACACCUUUUGAAAAUAUCAACAAAGUUACACUUGAUGCCUCACUCAACUUCCAGAACAAUGUUGAGAUGUAUAUCGCAGCCAACUUUGCCAACACUGUCAAUUCCUUCCGGUUCAAUUUGGACAAGGAAAACAGGAAGUUCGUCAGCAUUGUGGAAUCUCCAUACGUUCCAACAGGAAUGGCUGAAGCUGAAGCUAUGCUCACAGGAAAUACAAAGAACAUGCAAAUGAAGAUGGCAUUGAAGAAUGCUGAAGACACCAUCUCUGGAAUCCUCAACGUUAAGAUCGAAUCUUCACAGAAUGUCAAUACCAACCUCAAGAUUCUUACGCCAUUCAAGGGUUACAAGAAGAUGAACUUCGGUGCCCGCUACCUUAAAGAUGAGGUGACCAACAUUUCCGUGUUUGCCGACAAGCCUCUCAAGUUUAAGGCAGAACUUCAGUUUGGAAACACCGAGGAUGCCGUGGCAGCCAACUUGGUUGUUGAAACUCCCAUCGAAGACUUCGAGAGGAUCGAAGCCCAAAUGAAGGUUCCCCUGUACAGGUUUGCUCCCAAGGUGAUGCUGACUCUCCCUCACAACCGCUACGGUUUUACCGCAGAUUAUGGCAGCGACUCUUUCUCUCAGAAGUUGUCUGCUGGCGUGACGGUGAACGAAGAGUCGUAUGACGGAUACUACUCUCUGAGAACAAAGGCACCUUACGAGCUGGCUUACGGCUACGACUUCGCUCACUUGGCAAGCACGCGUUUCCAUCUUAGAACCGACUCGUCAUUUUCUCCGUGUUUGCAUAAAUUCCGUGAUUUGUUUGAAGACACUGAUGUGUAUUUAUGCGUAAUUUACUAACUACAUUCACGGCAUCUAGUCAGAUCGAAACCAUUAUACAAUAUGACAUGAACAAAACCAUUCCAAAUAAUAUUAAACAAUUACCAAGAAUGUGAAACUGUGCCUAAACAUUCCUAGGCUCAACAAUUUUGACAAUCUUACCUUAUAUGUAUAUAGAUAUUCAUGAUAGUGACAUGUAUCACCAAUAAAGAAUUUUUAAACAAAAUACAA